AUGGAGCUGCACUGUCUUCCUAUUGAGACCCCCACCACAGCCAGCUCCUGCUCCACGGACCCUGUGUACGAAAACUGCUCACCUUUUGCGCAGCGAGGGAGGGCCAGGGAAAAGGAAAUGGAGAGUGGGGUUGUGUGCAUGGCUGUAACCAGACUCCCGAGGCCCUGCAGCCCCCUGCCUGGCCUGGCCCCAGCUGUUGCUGAGGGUGGGGAAAGAGGACCUGGCGCCUGGCCAGAUCACAACUACUGCAGCUGGAGAGUAGGCUUUGGAAGACAGUACUGGGAAGCAGAGCUGAUUCCUGGCAUAAAGAAUGCAGGAGGAGGAGAGAGAGGAGGAGUACAGGAAGGCAGCUGGAGACAAGAGGACAGAGCUCAUCUGAACCACAGUCCCAGUUUAACACAGAGUGAUGAGCACACGAGUGCUCUGUCCCUGUAUGAUAACCUCCCAAACGCAGUCACCCCCGACAACCUCCAGGACUUCUUCGACUUGGAAACAAGCUUCCAGGAGCACUUGCAGGAACAGAUGUACCAAGCAUGGGCCCCUGACCAGACCCAGGGAGUGAUGGAGGGUGAGGGGGCAAGUGAUGGGAAGAGCCCCUGGCCCUCCUGUGAGAUCAUCUUUGCUGAAAGUGGUUCCAGUAAACAGGUCCAGAGUCCAGAUCAAGAUAAGAAGCAUGAACAAGAGCCAGAGAUGGACUCAGGAGCCAGCCCGAUGCUUCAUCUCCAGUUCCUGUCAUCACCUCAACAUCUUACUGCAAGCUCCCCCCAGUCCUCCCAAGCCUUGUGUCCCUCAUUUAAAGCCCAGCACUCAGAGCAGCCAUCCUGUGCUCUCAGGGUGCCCCCUCCAGUUCCCCUAGCUGACCCCUCUGCCAGCGCCCUCCGUAGCCUCCUCACCAGCCUCCAACAGCAGAUAGUCAAACAGAGGAAGGAGUAUGAGGAAAGGAUAAUCAGCCUAGAGCAGAGGAAUGAAGAGCUGCAGUUAAAGGUUGUGCAGCUGAAAACAAACCUCGCCCAGCAGCAACAGUGGUACGAGGUCGUCCAGGCUAAGAUUGUGGAAUCUGAAAGGAGCCGGGCUGCUGCAGAACUACGCAAUGCAAUGCUGCAGAGAGAGAUGGAACAGUUCUUUGACACCUUCGGGGAGCUCAACGACGAGGCCAAGAAGACAGAACUUAUUGUCAAGAGCUUUUGAAAAA